GUGAAAUCAAGCUCAGCGAGACAGUUCUUGCCGUAUCCAUCUAUUCACCAUUGGUGUGGACGCCUACCUUCUCUCCUUCUUUCGUAGAUCACGAGACUAUCAAUACCACAACUCAGUGUACAUCGAGUACCUAUCGCCAGAAUGGUUGUUGGGCCAUUCACAAGAGGGCUAUUGUUACUCAGCUUCCUCCACUCGGUCUUGGCUCAAGAAGACCUCAGCCUCCGAACGUUCGCUCUUGAAGGUGGUAUCACGGCAGCAGCCGAGGACGACGAUUACGUAUGCAGCAAGACCAAAGGCUGCAACAUCGGAUGUUGUGGAGCGAUUGACGAAACAACCGGCAACGGUGUCUGUGGGCUCGGUCCUGAUUUCUGUGGUGAUGGCUGUAUUUCCACAUGCAACUACAAAAGCGAAUGUGAUCCUGGCUGGGGGAUCCAGUGGUCCAAUGCUUCAACAUGCCCGCUCAACGUGUGCUGCAGCGAGUAUGGCUUCUGUGGAACAACUGCAAGCUUCUGCAAAGGCGUUGUCACGCCCUCGCCUCAGUGUAGCACAAGAACUGCAGACCAGAAACUUAUCGGGUACUAUGAAGGGUGGAAUAUGCAAAGACCUUGCGGAACCAUGCCACCGGAAGAUAUUCCACUUGGGGCAUAUACCCAUAUAAACUUCGCGUUUGCGCUUGUCAACCCGACUACAUUCCGCAUCGAUGCCAUGGAUACCGAGACCGCCAAGAUGUAUAAGAGAGUGACCAAACUGAAGGAGAGACAGCCCGGCCUUCAGGUCUGGAUUGCUAUCGGCGGAUGGGCAAUGAAUGACCCCGGGCCCUACCGAACCACCUUCUCCGAUCUUGCGAAAUCCACGUCCGCACAAGCUUCAUUCUUUGAGUCUUUGGUGACUUUCAUGAAAACGAACAACUUUGACGGGGUCGACAUCGAUUGGGAGUACCCCGUUGCGGAGGACCGUGGAGGCAUACCAGAAGACUUUGGCAAUUAUGUCACCUUCCUGAAGAACCUGCGCAACCAUCUCAACGGUAGUGGCCGAUACUAUGGCAUUACACUCACACUCCCAGCAUCCUAUUGGUAUAUGACGGGUUUCGACAUUGUCAAGUUGGAGCCAUGGGUAGACUGGUUCAACAUUAUGACUUAUGAUAUCCAUGGCGUUUGGGAUAGCACAGUCAAGUCAAUUGGACCAUACGCCUUCGCUCACACCAAUCUUACCGAGAUUCAGUUGGGCCUUGAGCUGCUAUGGAGAAACAAUAUUAACCCCGCGCGGGUAGUUAUGGGAUUGGGCUUUUACGGACGAACUUUCACGAUGAAAGAUCCCAACUGCAUGCAGGCGGGUUGUGAAUUCACCGAGGGCGCAAAGGGUGGCGAGUGCACAGGAACACCGGGUGUGCUAUCAGCAGCUGAAAUCAACAAGAUCAUCGAGAACGGCGCAACGGUGUCGCAUGAUCUCGAGGCCGCGGCGAAGAUAGUCACAUGGGAUGGUAAUCAGUGGGCGAGUUUUGAUGAUGCUGAGACGUUGAAGCUCAAGCUUGAUUAUGCGAAUCAGCGGUGCUUGGGAGGGUAAGUCGGCGUGGUAGUCUCAUUUCCCUCUUUGCACUCCAAAUGACUCGCUAUGUACUUUCGACGGAUGCUAAUAUUUCCACCAAUCGCAGGACUAUGAUAUGGGCGAUUGAUCUAGAUGACGGUUCCCUGUUGGCGGCUUUGAGCUCCGUGAGCACCAAGAAAAAGGAAGACGUGCUACCGGAUUUGGACUUUGA